AUGUCUGAGGCAAACAAUACAAAUGUCAUGUCUGAGACCAACAGUACAAGUAUGAUGUUUGGCUGGGGCCAACAAUACAAGAACCGGUAUUGCAGCUUGUCCGCCCACAAGGCCACCAUUGCAAUUGUUGGACCAGCUUUGAAUGGGGGAAGUACUAGUACUAGGUUCGAUACCGGUUAUAGUACUAGUUGCAGACUGGUGAGUCAGGCAGUCAGUUUUUUUCGUGGUCAUCCUUCUUUGUUCUUGAAAGAGUAG